UUUCUCAGGCAGGGACAGAGCUCUACCGCCACUAUCAGCAGCCCUUGCUCCUUGAUGUUGUGGUAGAGUAGGCGCAUGCGCUCCUCAUUGGAAUUACUGCACUGGCCAGAAUAAGUUGGAUCUCGUCUGUCUUCACUGAAAUUCUAAAUCAUAGCAAAACUAUGGCGGUGUUGAGAAUAAGAAAAAAUAGCUACUUUGGGUUAUGGACCUUUCCCGUAAUAGUGGCUGUGGUCUGUGCGCAAAGUGUCAAUGACCCUAGCAAUAUGUCUGUCGUAAAAGAAACGGUGGAUAGACUGUUGAAAGGAUAUGACAUUCGCUUGAGGCCAGAUUUUGGAGGUCCCCCUGUGGGAGUGGGGAUGAACAUAGAUAUUGCCAGCAUAGACAUGGUAUCUGAAGUCAACAUGGACUAUACAUUGACUAUGUAUUUCCAGCAAGCUUGGCGAGACAAGCGGUUGUCGUACUCGGAGAUUCCCCUCAAUCUCACCCUGGAUAACCGAGUUGCCGAUCAGCUGUGGGUCCCGGACACCUACUUCCUAAAUGACAAGAAGUCUUUUGUGCACGGUGUCACCGUGAAAAACAGAAUGAUUCGCCUGCAUCCAGAUGGGACUGUGCUCUAUAGCCUCAGGAUUACUACUACAGCAGCUUGUAUGAUGGACCUGAGACGGUAUCCACUGGAUGAGCAGAACUGCACACUGGAAAUAGAGAGCUAUGGCUACACCACUGAUGACAUUGAGUUCUACUGGCGUGGAGGAGACAACGCUGUGACAGGGGUGGAGAGGAUAGAACUGCCCCAGUUCUCCAUUGUGGACCACAAACUCAUCUCCAAAAACGUUGUCUUCUCUACAGGAUCUUACCCCCGACUCUCCCUCAGCUUCAAGCUGAAGAGGAACAUCGGCUACUUUAUCCUGCAGACCUACAUGCCCUCCAUCCUGAUCACCAUCCUCUCCUGGGUGUCCUUCUGGAUCAACUACGACGCCUCCGCUGCCAGAGUGGCUUUGGGAAUCACGACUGUGCUGACCAUGACCACCAUCAACACCCACCUGCGGGAGACCCUUCCCAAGAUCCCCUAUGUCAAGGCCAUUGACAUGUACCUGAUGGGCUGUUUUGUCUUUGUCUUCCUGGCCCUGCUGGAGUACGCCUUGGUCAACUACAUCUUCUUCGGCAGAGGACCUCAGCGCCAGAAGAAGGCAGCCGAGAAAGCAGCUGUCGCUAACAAUGAGAAAAUGAGAAUGGAUGCAAACAAGUGGAUGGUGGGAAAUGUAGUUCAGAGAGACGAUACUCUGUAUGCAAGAAUGAAACAGAGGGAUAUUGAUGCUCAUGACUCGAUGUGGGAGCCGAUCUUUGUGGACGAUGCAGCAAUAGGACUAGGCGAGCAAAAGAAUAAGAUGGACCCACAUGAAAAUAUUUUACUGGGCACCAUAGAAAUUAAGAAUGAGAUGGGAGCGUCGGAGCUGACCCUCGGUCUCAGUGACCCCAGGAGCACCAUGUUAACUUACGACAGCUCAACCCUGCAGUACCGUAAAGCAGGACUGCAGGCGAGGCACAACUUCGGACGUAACACCCUGGAGCGCCACGUGCCUCAGAAGAAGAGCCGGCUACGGAGACGUGCGUCCCAGCUGAAGAUCAACAUUCCAGACUUGACUGAUGUAAACUCUAUCGACAAGUGGUCAAGAAUGAUCUUCCCUACUGUCUUUUCCUUGUUUAAUAUCAUCUAUUGGCUCUACUAUGUCAACUAAAAGGACGUCAGCAAGGACAGAACAGUAGAAACAACAACAAAAAUGUUGCUUGUUUUCACUCUGAAAUGUUUUUCAUUUGCUGUUUGUUCUUGCAACACAAGACUGAAUUACUAAAACAAAAUCAGGACUGAAUCCAUUUUACCUUGGAACACCUUAAUUGCUGGCUAACACGUGAAAACCUUAGAGGAGACAAAGUUAAAGAACAUAUAUGGUGCCUGUACCAGAAUAUUUGUUUAUAAUUUUACAAGUUGAAUAUUUAGUGAAUUUAGUAUUUUAUCAUUUUUAAAUGUUUGUUUGCAUAUAUUUUUAUGUUUCUACUUAGUAAUAUCUAUCUAUAUAUAAUUUGUUGCCAAAACAUAGCUAGAAAUAUUAGUGAUUUUAAAAUGUCUCAAAGACCACAAAGACAGGUCAAUCUUUGUAAAGAUGCAAUGUUAUUUAUCCUAUUUUGUCUUCAUACUGUGAAGUUUUACAUUUUCAUAAUAUUGCUAGUCAUAGUUAGAGGGUUUUACAAUUAACCAACCUUUUCUACUUUGAUAUAGUUGAUAAAUCAUAUUAUUUAUUUUGAAGUAUUAUUUUAAUUCUAGGAUGGUUUUUGAUAGUGUACUAGAUACUUUUUAAUAACAGAAACUGACAUCAUUCCAAAUGUUGGCAGAACAAAAUGGAAGGCAGUGCUUACUGAUGGUGCAGCUUAAAGACAAAUGCGUUACUAAGCCUUUGAUUCAUGGUUCAACAUUGCUCUCCUUCCCUAUUCAUUUAGAAAAGGUACAGUAUAUUAACUUGAUAGAUCAAUGUUCAUGUCUCAACUGAGAUGAUUAAUUUAUGAAAAACAGGAAACAGAGAGAAUGCUGCAUUUGUAAUUGAUGCACUUUAAGAAUGAUUCAAUAGAUGAUCUAGAAGACAAAAGCUAUAUCUAAGACAAAUACGCAGAUGUGUAUCUGCCCUUAGUCCAUUUCAGUCCUUUGUUCACAUAUUUGAUGACAAGAUAAUAUUUGAAAGAUUCAAAAACAUUUUAGUUAAUGUGGAGCUUCUUGUAGAUAUACAGAAACAAAUAUUGGCUCUAGUUCAUUAAGUAUCAUGGGAUACCAUCUGGUUUUUAAUUCAUACUCAUAAUGAAAUUGAGCCAGCAGUUAAGGCGUCUUUAAUAGGAUUUUCAUCUUGCAUCAUAAACCAAUAUUCUUUUUCACCAUGAUGUAUAAAUAUCAGUUGUAUACUGUAUGAAUGUUUAACAAGUCAUGGUGUUCUGCAAGGAUCCAUCCAAUCCAGCAUUUGUCUAUGAGAUAAUUCUCUUCUAGAACCUGGAAGGGUUUGAAGGACCAAGGUCUUGAGCAGCUCCACAUCCUUAAAUUAUACCUUCAGUCACUAAUGCUACAACUGCCAUUUCUUUUUUUUAAUAUUAAGCAUAUGAAAAAUACUAUGAAAAAGAGAAAAAUUUGCUCUGCAAGCUCAUAAAAGAUAUCAGAACAAAAAGCUAAAUUUUGUUCCAAAUUGCAAUCGAAAAGGGAUAUUAAGAUCUUACUUUUUCAGCACCAAAUUCCAUUGUUUUACUUUCAUGCAAAGUUUUACUGUAUUACUGUAUUAUCCAAUGUGUUUCUUUACAUUAGGAAUACAGUAGUAGUAUUUGCAUUCAAUGCAAAUGUUAUGUCAUAUAACACUGAUGAAUCUGAAACACAGAAGUAUGUACCUUUGUGGUAGGUACCAUGUCUGAACAAUAACUUUCUAAAAAAAAUCUACUUUAAUGAAAAUCUUAUUCUUUUGCCCAUAUAUGAUACAAAAGCCUUAUUGGCUGUAUAGUAUGCAUUGCAACACUACUUGGUGCUCUUGAGACUACUCCAUUCAAACAGAGAUAGUUACAAGAAUAAGAUUCGGACCAUAACAUUAAAAUUAAGUAUUUAUCUUAGUAAUUUCUAAUCACUUCUUGCGUUUGAGUAACCAUUUAUUUUAGAAAACAACAUGUCCACUAACAUUUUAUUUUAUUAUUAUUUAAAUGCAGAUAUGGUAUCAACUCAAGUUCAAUUGAAUGUCCUUAGUAUAUUUGCAAAAAUAGUAUUUUCAUAUCUAUUAUUUAAAUCUGCAUGCUCUUUUCUCAGUAAUAUCAUAAAAAUAUAUAACCAGUUUGUUUUUGUGUUUUCUUAACCACUACAUUCCGGUUGUGACCAGGUGAACACAAUGUGCAUAUGUUUAUAAGGAUCAACACGUAAUUGGUUAAGUUAUGGAUUUGUUAAAGAUAUUUUAUAAGAGUGUUAUUUUGCACAAGAAAGCAUGUCUGUUUUCAAGCUAAAAAAAUAUUAUUUUCUAUCCUUAAAAUGAUCUUAAUUUUAAGAAUUGUAAAUGCCUAUAGUGUAUUUCAUGUCAACUGUAUUACUGUAGUAUUUUAGUAACUUUUAAGUAUAUUAAAAACAAUAUAUCUACAAAAUAUCUAAAUUAGAACAAUCCAAAAUACUGCAAAAUGCUACAGAGACAAUAUCCUGAUUUAGAAAAUACCCUUUAAUAAAUUAAAAUGCUAAUAAAACACAAAGAUCAUUAAAUGUAUAAAAAUUUGUUUUAAUUUGGAUAAUUUAUAUAAUUAAGUAUAUUUAAAUAUUUUUGGGGGGUUAUUAGUAUUAACCUUCUAUUAUGAUUUGAAUUUGUGAUAGUAACAUUCUAAUUAUAAAGAUAAUGAUUAUUAAGUUGAACAUACAGGAUCAACAUGAGGCUGGAAUUCAUUCAAACUCACAGUGCAGAAAUUCCAAUGUGUAUGGUUAACAUACGUACGGUUGCAUUUUUGAAAGAUGUGGUCUUAAUGUAGAUUUUUAUCUAGAUAAUAAUUUGUUAUUUUGGGAUUUAUUUUUCAGCCAUGUUUAUUUUAUCAUCACAAUGUUGUAUGUGUAUAGAACAUGGCCGUUUACCAAUUUGAUUAUAAAUCCUCAUAUGAGCGUG